UCUGGCCCAGGGUACUCAAGACAGUCUGGUCGAACAUAUGAAUGAAGUGGGUGCCCCUUAUUCUGCUUUUUGAUUUUAAGUCCUGACAGAGCUUUGUGGAGGCCGUCCUGGCAGGCUCCCGGGAUUCGAAGCCAUUAGACCCCACAUGGAAUCCAGUGCCUCAAGUCCGGCUGCUGCACCCUUGGUGAAGAGACAGUUCCAUGUUCUCGUGGGUGUCACUGGGAGUGUUGCAGCCCUGAAGUUGCCUCUUCUGGUGUCUAGGCUUUUGGACAUUCCUGGUCUGGAAGUAGCAGUGGUCACAACCGAGAGAGCCAAACAUUUCUACAGCCCCCAGGACAUUCCUGUCACUCUCUACAGCGACGCUGAUGAAUGGGAGAUGUGGAAGUGCCGAUCCGACCCAGUUCUCCACAUUGACCUGCGGAGGUGGGCCGACCUCAUGUUGGUGGCUCCUCUCGAUGCCAACACCCUGGGGAAGGUGGCCAGUGGCAUAUGUGACAACUUGCUUACCUGUGUCAUCCGAGCCUGGGACUGCCGCAAGCCCCUGCUCUUCUGCCCAGCGAUGAACACCGUCAUGUGGGAGCAUCCCAUCACGGCGCAGCAGGUGGGCCAGCUCAAGGCCUUCGGCUAUGUUGAGAUACCUUGUGUGGCCAAGAAGUUGGUGUGUGGAGACCAAGGUCUAGGGGCCAUGGCCGAGGUGGGCACCAUUGUGGGCAAAGUGGAAGAAAUCCUCUUCCGGCACGGUGGCUCUCAGCAGAGUUGAACCCAGGAUUUCUGUCAUGUGUGUCCCUCUGCACUCAGCGUGUUUUCAGGCCAAGUCUAUGAAGAAGGUGGAUGUUGGCAAAAUACGGUGAAGACUUCUGCAUUUACUGGGGAGGAGUCUGUCCUGGGCUGGGGGCCUGACUUGCUUCAGGUUCAAUUAGAACAAAGGCCCAGGUCCCGACUUCUUUCCAGCUAAGAGAUGCCUGCUUUCCAGAACCCUCCUCCCCUUUCCCUGGGAUUGGCACAGCAGGCUGCUGUACGUCCCUGUGCUCUGGGAGGGGGACUGAGGGAUGACAGAGAAACCUUGAUUCUCCCUGGUGCCUGGGAGCCGCUUCAGCUCCUUGGUGGGCUGCCCUGGCACCAUGCAGAGUCAGAGAAGCCUGUGAUUGGCAAGACGCUGAGAUUCCCCGUAGACCAUGCGGUGAGACCGGGGGGUAAUGCGGAAUAAAGAA